AUGGUAUCCGUGGAGAUCCUGGACUCCCCAGCAGAGGUGGCUGAUAAGGCGGAUCGCAUCAUCACCAUGCUCCCCUCCAGUCCCAACGUCAUCGAGGUCUACACCGGACCCAACGGCAUCCUCAAGAAGGUGAAGAAAGGGUCCCUGCUCAUUGACUCCAGCACCAUCGAUCCAGCCGUCUCCAAGGAGAUGGCGGUCGCCGCGGAGAAGAUGGGGGCCGUGUUCAUGGACGCCCCCGUCUCUGGAGGUGUGGGCGCUGCCAGCUCAGGGAAGCUGACCUUCAUGGUGGGGGGUCCUGAGGAGGAGUUUGCUGCAACCAAGGAGCUGCUGACCUGUAUGGGGGCCAACGUGGUCUACUGCGGCCAGGUCGGCACAGGACAGGCAGCUAAGAUCUGCAAUAACAUGCUCCUGGCCAUUGGAAUGAUUGGCACGUCUGAGACCAUGAAUCUGGGGGUCAGACUGGGCCUGGACCCGAAGCUUCUGGCGAAGAUCUUGAACAUGAGCUCUGGGCGCUGCUGGUCCAGCGACACGUAUAACCCGGUGCCCGGGGUCAUGGAGGGGGUGCCCUCCGCCAACAACUACCAGGGUGGCUUCGGCACCGCCCUCAUGGCCAAGGACCUCGGCCUUGCCCAGAACACGGCCACAAACACACGCACUCCAGUCCCCAUGGGGGCGCUGGCACACCAGAUCUACCGCAUAAUGUGCGCCCGCGGCUACGCCGGCAAGGACUUCUCCUCCGUCUUCCAGUUCCUGCGCGAGGAGGAGGAGGGCCAGUAGGGGGCAGUAGGGGGCCUUCACCGCCACACUGUGCCUGUCUCGGGUCAGACCCCCAACACACCACCACACUGUCCCGAGACACACACACACACACACACACACACGCCAGCGCAACCUCAGCGCAACGCGGCAUGAUCUGACCUAUGUGGCUGGUGGUCUCCAGGGGCAACCGGAGAGGGUGAAUGGGUGUGAGAGAGAGAGAGAUUGUGUGUGUGUGAGAGCGAGAGAGAGACGGAGCGUGAAUAUGUGUGAGCGAGAAUGAGUGUGUGUGUGUGUGUGUAUGACGGAGAGGGGGAGGUUUAUUUGUUUGGGUUUGUUUGUUGUUUCUGUAUUGGGGAAUCAUGUUACCUGUGUGGGCACACACACGUACGCACACACACACACACACACAAAGCCAUGGUGAGCCUCCUCAUCUACUCGUUCCACACUAAUCACACACAUCUUUAGUUUUGUGUUUUUGUUUGUUUUUCUUGUUUUUGAUUAGUUUGAUUUGUUUUUCUUUCUUGUUAGCGGCUAGGUUGCUAGCGGUUAGCUGUAAAUGAGUACGUGUCAUAUCCCUGAUGAGGAUCUUUCAUUAAAAAGAGCUGAGAAACUCAAA